ACCUUACGUUUCUCCGUUGAAGCCCAAAUUUGGGUCAUCUCCCCCAUAGCCCAAUUUCGGUGGUCGAUCAGAGUCAAGCUUCUGCCGGGGGAUUUCAAUCUUCUCUUCCAAUUUCCAAUUUCCAAUUUCUCAAUUUUUUCCAUCUGGACUUGUCCAAUUCAACCCAGAUUUGAGAUCAUGGUUUUAUCCCAGAAGCUUCACGAGGCCUUCAAAGGAACUGUUGAGAGGAUCACCGGACCUCGAACCGUCUCCGCUUUCAAAGAGAAAGGCGUUCUCAGUGUUUCUGAGUUCAUCAUCGCCGGUGAUAAUCUUGUCUCCAAGUGUCCCACCUGGUCUUGGGAGUCAGGUGAUCUGAACAAGAGGAAAUCAUAUCUGCCCCCAGAUAAGCAAUUCUUGAUUACCAGAAAUGUUCCUUGCCUGCGCCGGGCUGCCUCUAUAGAAGAGGAGUAUGAAGCUGCAGGUGGUGAAGUUCUUCUUGAUAAUGAAGAUGGUGAUGGCUGGCUGGCGACCCAUGGGAAACCAAAGGAAGAAAAAAGUGAUGAAGAGGAAAACUUGCCUUCCUUAGAAGCUCUUGAAAUCAGCAGGACCAAGGUUGUUAAGUCAAUUCCAAACUAUUUUGGUGGUGAAGAUGAAGACGAUGUUCCUGACCUGGAUGAUAUCGAAGAAACUGACAAUGUUGUUGGAACUGAUGCAGCCACUCUGCCAUUGACCUAUCAAAUUGCCCACGAACCUGAUGACGAUAAUAUCCUACGAACACGAACUUAUGAUGUCAGCAUCACGUAUGAUAAAUAUUAUCAGACACCACGUGUUUGGCUUACGGGAUAUGAUGAGUCAAGGAUGCUCUUACAGCCAGAACUUGUUCUUGAAGAUGUUAGUCAAGAUCAUGCUCGAAAAACAGUGACCAUUGAGGACCAUCCCCAUCUACCUGGAAAGCAUGCGUCUGUUCAUCCCUGCAGACAUGGGGCUGUGAUGAAAAAGAUCAUUGAUGUGUUAAUGUCCCGAGGCGUAGAACCUGAAGUUCACAAGUAUCUUUUCUUGUUCUUAAAAUUUGUUGCAUCUGUUAUUCCGACUAUCGAAUAUGAUUAUACUAUGGACUUUGAUCUUGGCGGCCCUAGCAGUCAAUAACUGGGAUUGAUAAGCACUGCAUUUGUUUAUUGCUUUUGUUGUUCGUUGCUCGAAUCCAGCCUGACUGUUUGAAUAUGUUUGAGCGAUACAGAUCCAGUUAUACAUACGUGCGGGACAUUUCACAUCUGAUGUUAAUGCAAGUACAGGCCGACCCCUCGCUCUUUGUAUAUACACAACAUGGGGUCUAAAUGUUACCCCUCAUUUGGGCAUAUUUUGUGUUUUGGAAGUCUAAUCUUGCCAUUGCUUUCUGUCGAUCUUAGUUUGGGCAUAAAGGUCAUUUGUGGUUCUCUGUAACAUAACAUGGAGCAGAAAGUUGCUGCUCUUAACAACUUACAGUUUAAUGGGAAUUUGUUUGCUAUUGAACUAUUGCAGCAAAAACUCAUUUUCAUUUUAUUUGAAAAAAAUUGAUUGAAUACAAUUAUUGCAAUAUCAACAAUCUCGAUUUCUA